AUGCUUGAUAAUGCAAAUAAUGGACGUCCUGAAUGUCAUUCUGCUCUAAUUGCUCACGAACUGUCGCAACUCAACAUCGACAUUGUUGCUCUCAGUGAAGAGUUAGCUUCAUGGUUAAAAAGUCCAUCGCUUCUAAACUCGAAAAUCCGCCGACAGAUCAUUCCGAUCACGCCUCCCACUACACAACAAGCAACAAGUUCUCUCAUGCUCCAAUUCUGCAAACUGACCUUGUGGAAAAAAAAAAAACAGAUUCUAUACCAAUCUAUGCCGUUUUAUCCAAAAGGUUCCUUCAUAUGA